CAUUUAUUUUAUCAAUCCUCCGGAAAAAGAACAGCCACAAAAGUGGUCUAGCACCCAGACCUGGUUUUCACAAUGUGAGUGGAUGGUGUUACAGGGGCCAGACUUAGUUUACCAGGCGACAAGAUGGCGCUGCCCAUGACAGCAUCAAGAUUGGCCAGGCCAGCGGUUUUUCGAUGUGUUGCCGCAUCUUUAAAUCAGCAGUAUGGAGCAGCAGGUGCCAGACCACACAGACAGAAUCUGUCCACUGGAGUCUCGGAGGCCAAGGAUGUCGCAUUUACCGUUAGAAGCCAAACUGAGCAAGGAGUCAGAACCAUACUCCUGAAUGAUCCAAAAAGAAGGAAUGCCCUGUCGCUGGACAUGCUGCAGAGCCUGAAGGAGGAUCUCAUGCACCAAGUUGGCGGCGAGGAUCUGCGAGCCAUCGUCAUAGCGUCGUCGGGACCGGUCUUCUCAUCCGGCCACAACCUGAAAGAACUGACCACAGAGCAUGGCAGAGACUUUCAAUACCAAGUCAUGAAGACGUGUAGUCAGGUCAUGAUGCUAGUACAGGACAUGCCGGUGCCAGUCAUAGCCCAGGUGCAAGGAUUGGCGACUGCCGCUGGUUGUCAACUGGUAGCUAGCUGUGACAUCGCCGUCGCCUCUGAGAAUGCCAGAUUUGCAACGCCGGGAGUGAAUAUUGGACUCUUCUGUUCAACGCCUGGGGUGGCUCUCGGCAGGGCGGUGCCCAGGAAACUAGCCAUGGAGAUGCUGUUCACUGGAGAGCCCAUCUCAGCCGAUGUUGCCUUGAAGCACGGCCUGGUCAGCAAAGUCGUCCCACACGACUCACUGGAGGAGGAAACCAACAAACUAACAGACAAGAUCUGCACGGCCAGCCGGUCGGUCAUAGCCCUGGGCAAGGCGUGCUUCAACAGCCAGAUGAAGAAGACGAGAGCGGAGGCAUAUGGGCAAGCUAGCGAGGUGAUGGUGCAGAAUCUUGGCCUCGUUGACGGGCAGGAAGGAAUCCAGGCGUUCAUUGAGAAACGCAAACCGGUCUGGACACACAACUUUGACAAAGUAUAGGAAAAGUAAGGUCUGAGAACAGCAGUGAAGUCUAGUUAGUCUAUCACAAGUCCUGUCAGAAGUAAAUCAUCCUUCCAUUCACAAGUCCAUCACAAGUCCAUCACAAGUCAUCACAAGUCAUCACAAGUC